AUGGAGCAGCUCACGUUGAAGCCGAUGAAGAAAAUUGAAGGCACGGUUCGAUUGCCGGGGUCUAAGUCGCUGUCAAACCGCAUUCUGCUCCUCGCGGCGCUCGCAGAAGGAACGACCAAGGUGGAAAACUUGUUGGAUAGCGACGACAUUCGUUACAUGGUUGACGCGCUUAAAGUUCUGGGGCUGUCCUUCACGGAAGACAGAGAGAACAACAUUUUGGAAAUCACCGGUUGUGGGGGUAAGCUCCCGGUCGAGGGCGCGGAGUUGUUCCUCGGUAACGCCGGGACGGCGAUGCGACCGCUCACCGCCGCCGUGGCUGCGGCGGGUAAAGGCACGUUCAUCCUCGAUGGUGUCGAGCGUAUGCGUGAAAGACCAAUUCAAGAUCUUGUUGAUGGUUUGGUUCAGCUUGGUGUCAAGGCGGAGUGCACGAUGGGUACGGGUUGCCCGCCGGUGAAGGUUGAGGCGAACGGCUUGCCUGGCGGUCGCGUCGAGCUCAGCGGUUCCGUGAGCUCGCAAUACCUCACCGCGCUCCUCAUGGCGGCCCCACUUUGCGAAGGGUCGAUUGAAAUCGUAAUUGUCGAUGAGCUCAUCUCCAAACCGUACGUUGAGAUGACUAUCACACUCAUGGAACGCUUCGGUGUCAAGGUAGAAAAGGCGGACGACCUCCAGAGCUUUAAGAUUCAAGGCGGACAAAAGUACAUCUCCCCGGGCAGUGCAUUUGUUGAAGGCGAUGCUUCGUCCGCUUCCUACUUCCUCGCCGGUGCCACCAUCACCGGUGGUACCGUCACUGUCAUCGGUUGCGGUUCGGAGAGCAUCCAAGGCGACACAAACUUUGCGUACACGAUGGAGCAAAUGGGCGCGACGCUCGAGUGGGGUCCGAACUCGGUCACCUGCACCGGUCCCAAGGGCCCGCUCAAGGCGAUUGAUGUGAACAUGAACGCCAUGCCCGACGCUGCGAUGACUCUUGCCGUCGCUGCACUCUUCGCUGACGGCAUCACUACCAUUCGUGAUGUCGCGAGCUGGCGCGUGAAGGAAACCGAGCGCAUGAUUGCGAUUUGCACCGAGCUGCGCAAGCUCGGUUGCGACGUCUUCGAAGGCGCGGAUUACUGCGUCAUCACCCCUCCUCACAAGCUCGACCCCCCGGCCAAGAUGAAGGCCAACGUUGACAUCGAUACCUACGACGAUCACCGCAUGGCCAUGGCUUUCGCCUUGGCCGCGUGCGGCGACGUCGACGUCGUCAUCAACGACCCGAAGUGCACGAAGAAGACUUUCCCGACGUACUUUGACGUCCUCAAGUCCGUCGCCAAGUGA